CACGACGCUCUGCGCGCUCUGCUCGCGUCGCGCUGCUCGGCAAAAUGGGUUUUUAAUCGAGGACGCGUGGAGCGCGCGCGGGGCUUCGCGUUGAGCUGUCAAUUAAUUCGCGAUCAAAUAAACCAGUUUUCACGCGGCCGCUCGUGGUGGGGUCAAAGCGUAUCAAGGUUAGCGCGACGUCAGGGACAAGCGCGAGGCACCGAUCGGCAGAAUGGACACUGGGAUCUCGUAGCGAAACGCCAAUUGAAGCGCACGAGACCGACGACAGGGUGCGAUAGAGAAACGGAGACGUGGAGGAAAAGCGAGGACGAACGCUUGAGAGCGAGGGAGAGAGAGAGAGAGAGAGAGAGAGAGAGAGAGAGUGAGAGAGAGAGAGAGAGAGACAGAGAAAGCGUGGGAGAGCGAGACGGAGCAAACGAAGCUGACGAAAGGAAGAACAGGAAGAGCGGACGCAGACGCUGGAAAGGCAGCAAGGAGGAUCGCGAGGUACGCGUCCGUCACGCACCGAGCGUUCGCCUCGGCUGAUUGCAAAGGCGCGCACUUCUUCCAAGGAGGUCAAAAAAAUGAGAACGACCUUCUCGUAAUCGUGAAACUACGUAGGAGAAGGCGGCGGAGGAGGAGGAGGAGGAGGAAUAGCAGCAGGAGGAGGUGGAUUUAGCGAGUCGCUCGAGAGGGUGGGAGAUGUACGGCGCCGAGAGGGAAGAGGUGUCCGAAAGUUGGUUACACACAUAUGAUCUGAGCAGCACGAUGAUACCCAACGUGAGCACGGCGCUCGACGACGAGGAGCACUUCUGCAAGCUCAUUCUCUACAAGGAGAUCAGAGAUUCCAGGGUGCGAAUAUGGGACGUCGUCAUCUUAGUGCCGAAUCUCUUGUUCCUGCUGUUCAUCGCCAUGCGAUUCAACAGAGCGAGGCUUAAAUUGCGCGCGACCAGUAGUCCGAUAUUCCUAGCGUUUUACGGUCUCGUGAUUUGUAACGUAGUGAUAUCGGUGGUGCGCUGCGUGGUGUCCAUGACGGUGAACGCGGCGGCGACGGUCGGCGGUAAGGCCGACAAGGUGCUCUGGGUCACGGUUCGAUUUUUUCUACUGUCCACCGAGAUGAGCGUGGUUAUAUUCGGCUUGGCGUUCGGCCACUUGGACAGCCGCUCCAGUAUUCGCAGAGUAUUGCUGGCCACAUCGCUCAUAGCCUUGGCGUUUACAAUCACUCAAGGGACGCUGGAGUUGGUCCUGCCAGAUGACACGUUUCAUAUCCCCAGCAGGGACUUCUACGUGUUCGGUCACGGCGGCAUGAUGUUUUGGUUUUGCAGCAGUCUCGUUUUCACCACGAUAUAUCUCUUCAUAUUAAUACUGCCAUGGACACGGUUGCGGGACCGUCUAGCCCUUCCUACACGGAAAAGCUUUUACGUUUACGCCGGGACGUUAGCGACGUUGGAUCUGGUGCAGUCCAUCGGCGCUGGUUUCUUAAACUACACGCAGAACCCGGUGGGCCUGUGCAUCGUAGACAUCACCGCAGCGGUGUAUCUGACUCUUUUCACUCCCUUGGUUUAUCAUACAUUCCUGUCGGAAUUCUUCGGGGUUUCGCAGCCGUCGAUAAUGUUCUCUUACAAAGCGCAGGUGGACGACGCGAUGGACGAAGACACGGUGUCGUUACCGCAUCAACAGAGUUUCUCGUCCUUGAAAACCGACAGCGAUUACAUCUAUCAGGUCCAUACUCCUUCUAUUCACAUGCCACUGUAUGACUCCCAAGCAUCGAAAUCGUUUGUUUCCAAGCAAAGAGCUUCUCUCUACUCCCUCACGUCGGCCAAAGACCCGAAGGCCAGCGACGCGAAUCCGUACAACUCGCAAGUAACAUUGUACCGCUCGACCACCGGUGUUAGGAGCUUGGGUAGACGUCUCAGCGCGGGGAAAGGCACCUCGGACCUCACGAGUUACCCCCUCAUGAAAUCCGACUCCCAAAAGAGCUCGCCCGACCUGAGAUUCUCCGGCCCGAGCUGGAAGGCCGUGUCCGUGGCGCACAUUAAGUACGGCGGUCCCAGUAGCGUCUCGAAUUUGCUCCUCUCCACCGAUACCGCUAGUAACUUCCUGUACAAGCCCAAGGCAAACGACAGCAACGUCAAUCUGUUCUCUCAGACGAGGAAAAGCAGCUUAGAGAGCAGCUUAGACAGGCCCGCGCUGGAUCACGCGGUCGAGCGCGUCUCGCGCGGCUCUAGUGGCGCUGCCGCGGAAGUGCCUCCGGCACCGGCCCUCGAGAACACGUUGCAGUCCAUCCUGGAUAGCGGCACGCGCGUUGUCGACGCGGAGGACGAUCCGCACAAGUCCCCGGUAAAGGGCAGCGCGCGCUCCAGUCACUCGCUAAUAACGAGGCGGUACGACGCGAACUCGCCCGACGUGCCCGCGGACGCCCCGAACGUGACUCAGCGAUUACUCCCCAGGUCCACUUCCUUCUGCACGAUCGACACCCACCGAAAGAACGGAGACGACUCGAGCGGACGGGAGUCGGGCGGUUUGAACGAUUACCUGUUGUCCGUGACGUCCCCGAGAUUCCAGAAGAAUUACGGCAGAAACCAGACGAAUCGCGACCCCGAGUCCCCCCGCGGUCUCCCAGAUUCCUACGCGCAAACCGAGUCUUUGUAAAUAAUCCUUAUUGCUAGUCUAGACCUUUGCGAGACGGCUCGUUCGCUUCUGAACUCGGCUAUCGAGCUCGCGGAGUUCGGAAUCGAUUUAUUUUCUCGGCUCGGUGAGAGUAAUCACAGUUACAUCGAGACAACCGAAAUCGAAAUCGGCUUUUUUUUUCCAAUAUUUUACUUUUCUCCUUUCCUCCUACAGCUGCAUGUUAUUUAUCGUUUCUCAGUUGUUUCUACCAGAAUCUGUCAGACAUCGUCGGCCGUUUUUUACUUACACAGGGCUAAAAACGCCCGAGAAAAGUAAGGUAAAAAUACCGGGAAAUGUACGCGGAUCUGUGAGGAAGGAGUUCUGUUCUUUCAGUCUUAGGAAACAGAAAUAGGAAACUUCAACUUUCGACGUAGAAUGCACGUGCAGAUAUUCUUUAUCCGAAAUUGAAGUAUUCACGUUCCGUUAAUUUCAGCUUUUAUUCCGUACACGUCUGGCAACUGUUGUCGAGACGUAACGAGACUCACGACUAGCCGACGGAAUAACAACGUCCUCUGGUGUGAAAAUAAACCGAGCAAAAAAUCGAGUAGCUGCCCGUACAGCCACGUAGAGCCGCACGAUUGGCGCCGAUUCGAUUUGCAAAUCGCUCGUCUCGACGCAACGAUCGCUUGAGCCGAAUUCAGAAAGCGGGAAACCGGAAGCGGGUACCGUUUCGCACAGUUCCAACUUUACUUACCCGAAGACCCGCCGGUCGCUACGUAGCUGGUCUACUCCACGUGUACAUAUUAUUAGCGGAUGGCUUUACGUUGUUGAUUUUAUUGGUUGAUUUUACCGAUCAACGCGCAGCACAAAUCGAGACGUAUAUUCACCGGGCUGGGGAGGGUCGUCGCCAUUAUUAUAUACGUCCGUUUAUUAAUCGCUAAGUUGUGCAUUAUAAUGCGUAAUGGUGAGGUGCCACGCGUGAGAAGCUUUAUCCCCGACUAACUUGUAAAUAUUUAGCAUGUUUAGAGGUUUAUCUUGAUUAAACGUAUAUUGAUGUAGUCAA